GCUGCGAGAGUUCUGGAAUGAUCCGCGAGAUCCCCAUCCGCGCGCGCAGAUGUACAACAAAAUUAGUUCAGCCAGUCUGCCUACUUUCAAUAUAAAUUCGAAUGCCUCUUGAAUACUCUACUUAGCCAUACCCCAAGAUCAGGUGUUUGCAAGUCAAAUCGUUUCAAGCUCUCUACCUAGGUACGAGCCAUCUCCAUCAUGUCUCUCAAGGUGGACCCAGAGUUCGCAAAGGCAGCCGAGCCUAUCGCACGAAUUCUAGCAUCAGUCCCGAAGGCUCCUGCUUUUGAUAUCGAAUCCAGAGUUCAGGGGAUGGCAGCCUUUGGAGCUAUGGCUCCUCCACAGUCACUCGCAAAGGGAGUCGAAGCCACCAAUCAUCAAUUCACUUCACACGACGGCACAUCAGUAAGACUGGUGCAUCUCUCGACGACUGCGAAAGAUGAUUCGGCUGGACCUGGGCCCUGUGUAUUGCAUUUUCACGGUGGUGGCUAUUUCGGCGGUAGUGUGGAGAUGAUCACCCCAUCUCUUUCCCAUUUAGUUGCGGCUACAGCCGUGCAAAUAUUCUCGGUAGACUACCGACUUACUCCCGCACACCAACAUCCUGUUCCAGUGGAAGAUGGUUUCGCGGCUCUUCUAUGGCUGUUGGAGAACGCCACAAAGUUCAACAUCGAUCCCGCUCGGAUUGCACUUAUGGGAGAGAGCUCUGGCGGUGGCCUUGCCGCUAGUCUCGCGCUGUUGGCUCGGGAUCGUAACUUGAGCCCACCUCUAGCCAAGCAGAUACUUGUAUAUCCAAUGAUCGAUGACCGCUUUGACCGAGAUCUGAGUAGUAUAUCGCAAUAUGUCAUUUGGGACAGCGACGAUAACAAGACGGGUUGGAAAGCACUAUUAGGGGAGAAGUUCGGGACAGAAGCGGUCUCUGUGUAUGCCGCACCCGGUAGAGCAGAGGAUGUCCGUGGUCUACCAUCUACGUACAUGGACAUAGGAUCUCUCGACUUCUUCCUUGAAGCGGAUCUCACUUAUCUUACUCGACUCGCAGCUGCAGAACCUGCUCGCGGCAACCUCUCUAAUAUCGUCGGCAACUACGACCCUGUGUCACAUCGUGAGACAAUAGCAGAUUCAGAUUGUGAAGACGAAAUGCUUGAGGAGUCAUGCGGCGUGACGUUCAAGGGCCACGACGCCAUCGACGGGCGCGUCCAGGGAAUACAGGACACAAACAUCGACUGGAAACUCAAGACCAUCGGGCCGAUAAAAUAG